AUGCUGCUGUUGGCAUUGUUCGCCUUCAUACCUAGAGCACAAGGAGAUGGAUUUGAACUUCUUGUUAUAGUUGAGGAAGUUGCUUGUUCAUCGGAAAGCUUGACUGUUAUACUCAACAGAUCAGAUCCAGACAUUGCACGCUGGAUGAGUGAUCCAAAAGCGCAACCCGUGGUAUACGUUUAUGGUCAUAAAACACUUGUUCCUUGUGGAACAUCGCUAAAGAACGAUAAAGGACAAAAGAACUAUAAUCUUUCGAUUCCUUAUGGGAAGCACUGCGAUGUCCACUUGGCUGAUCUGGUGAGCUUUGUUCUGGGGCUAUUAGCAAGUUCUCUGAUCAAAUUAUUAAUGCCUCCAAAGAUACGUAAUAUUCUGCUAGAUCUGCAAAUGUACAGGUCUGUUACUGGAACAGAUAAAAUUUUUGGAUAAUG